AUGCUUAUCGUCGUCGUCGCCCUCGCUGUCCUCUUCCAUGACGUGAACAAUGUCUCAACGUGGACGUGUGUCGAUAUCACGACCGAUAAUGUCAACUGCGGCUAUUGCAACGGCGUCUGUCCGCCUGACUCGAAAUGCGUGGGCGGGAAGUGCAUCUGCAACAACUCUGGUCGUCCUUGGUGCUGGUUGGGGUGCCCCGACUACAACACGGAUAGCGUCAAUUGUGGAACUUGUGGGAAGUCUGGCGGUAGGUGCGUGGGAUGCCCGCCCGGCAUGCUGGGGUGCAGUGGAGGCUGCAAGGACCCGCAAAGCCACGUCGAUCAUUGUGGUUCAUGUUUCUUCCAAUGUCCCCCAGGGGUUCCGUGCCGUAACGGCAAGUGCAUCUGUCCAGCUCCCCUCACAAUUUGCGGGUGGUACAGCCCAGGCUGCAAGGAUCUGAUGACUGAUCCACUGAACUGUGGCGCGUGCGAGAGAGUGUGCAACUUCCAGGGCAAGACCAAGUGUCGAAAUGGAGAGUGUAUUGAGGAUUGUCCCCCGGGUCAGAUCGGAUGUGGCGUGGGUGGGUGCGUAAACCCGUUGAACGAUAAUCAAAACUGCGGCAAAUGUGCCAACAGCUGCGCGGCGGGCAUGACAUGCCGAAACGGCAAGUGCGAGGGAAACGAUGGGUGUGGACCGGGUCAGAAGCUGUGCAACGGCCUCUGCACCAAUCCUUCCAACGACAACCGUCACUGUGGCGACUGCGGUGUCGCAUGCCCGGUAGGCAAGAAUUGCCGUAACGGGGCGUGUUCGUGACCGGUUCACUGAGCUUGAACGACUGCACAGGACUGAGAAGACAUCUAAAGUGCAAAUGUGAUGAAGGAGUUAUCG